GUGACCAUUAAAAGGGAUCGAGGACCUAUCACGACGCCAUGGCUUCGCACCCAGGUUUGACAACCGUGCGAGACACCACCACAGGUUUCCUCGUCCAGCCCAUAAGCUUUGAGGAGCUCAUGGAUUUUUUCGAGGACAAACAAAACCCCAACCUGCAAGAGGGUGCAGAAGUUGGAUACAGCAAUCAGACGGGAUCGGACAACAUGGGUCUGUACGCCGAAAGCUCCUCUAUAGACUUCCUGAACAGCUUCGUUGAUAAAAUCGUCGAAGAGGGCAACACCGGGUCACAUGACAGCUUUCUCAACCCCAAGAGUGUGUCCGCACGGGUGGUCUUUAUCACCCUGUACAGCCUCAUAUCUGUCAUGUCCCUUCUGGGUAAUUCUCUCGUGUGCCUCGUUGUGGUGCGCAACAAACGCAUGCGCAGUGUCACCAACUUCUUUCUGACCAAUCAGGCACUCUCUGACAUGCUCAUGACUGUUCUGAACAUACCGUUCAUUGCGUACAGCCAGCUUGCGGUGAACUGGCCUUUCGGCUCCAUCAUGUGCCACUUAGCGGACUACAUUGGAAUGACGUCAGUCUAUGUGUCUACCUUCAUGUUGACCGCGAUAGCGUUGGAUCGUCAUCGCGUCAUUAUUCAUCCUCUCCGUCCUCGAAUCACAAUGGCAACGGCCGUGGCAAUUGACAUUUUAAUCUGGGUCUUGGCACUGACUCUCUCCGUUCCGUUUGCCAUCUACCGAGAGAUACAUCAACGACCGAGCAACCCUGAUCACUUAGUCUGCAUCGCAAACUAUCCCGGUGAACCAGGAUACUUUAGAACCUACUUUGUGCUUGCUACGUUCAUCUGUCAGUACGUCAUCCCUCUAUCGCUGACAUCUGGAGCGUAUGUACGCAUUGGGAUGAAGCUGUGGGCCCAAGCAGCUGUUGGAGACAUGAUCGCCCAACAGCAAGCCGCUAACAACAGGGCCAAGCAGCGUACUAUACGCAUGCUGGUACUGGUCGUGGCCGUCUUCGCCAUAUGCUGGUGUCCGAUCAACAUGUACCUUAUCGUCAGUGAGUUUAUCCCAACUCGAAAGAGCGCGAUCCUGUACCUCUGGCUGCACUGGUUUGCCAUGUGCAGCGUGUGCAUCAACCCCGUUGCCUUUGCCUUCCUGAAUGAGAACUUCCGCAGUGAGCUAAAGGCGACAUUCCACUGCUGGUUCCUGAAAGUCAAUUUCAAGAGAAACAGCAAGUACUUCGGUCGAACGACGGACGGCAAUGAGAACUCACACACGACAGAGAGGCACACGACGGCAAUGAGUGGCUAUGAAUCGGUCACCACGCGCACGACGAACUGCAAAUCCCCGGGGUCGUGCGAAACAUACCAGAUGGAAGUGAAACUCACAACUGGGAUUGAUGAUACGGACGGCGUCAGAGAGUACGAGGUUUAAGAUUAAAAUAGUGCUUGAGCACCGCUGGUGUGACCAAACUGAACUUUACUGCAAUCUGCCACUGUCUCCAAAAUGCAGGUCUAUAUAGGCCUUUGUAUAAUUUAUGAGGCAUAUUUCAAAAUAUGAAAACACUCAAAACACACGAUGAAAUACUCAUGGUAGUACUUCUCGUACAAUUAGACUUCUAACAUGCACGUACUAACUCUAACAAUUAAGACUAGGAGCCUGAUGGCAGUGUCUGGGGGAUACGAAUGCGGGUCAUUGCGAGCUCCCCACCCCAGUCUGAUCAUGACCGGGGAGGCUGGCUGGAGCGGUAUGCCUGAACAAAGUUAAACAGUUUGUGACAGCAACAUAUAAACCACAGGAACUCCUCAAAGUGAAGUCUUGAUAAUUUUAUGAAAAUGUAGCACCCAUUGUCUUUAUGUAGGUUGAACUUUCCAAAGCCAAUUUUGUUAAGGAAAUUUGUUGUUUGUUAAUAAAAAAUUGUAUGCAAGUUCGCCACAACGAAGAGUAAAGGCCACUCUCGGUAAAGGGCUAUACAAUAAGAAAAAUAUUUAACAUGAAACAAAAUGGAGCUGGAGGUAGUAAUUGAUAUUCCUAUUAUAAUGAGUGUAGGGUGGAAAGAAACCAUCUUCCUGAUUGAAAGGGCCUUCUCGUUCUUAAGAUAACACAACAAUCGGCCUCUUAAAAACGUGCACAUAACAUUCCAUUUAUUUUUUACAUACACACUGUAAUGAGAUAAAUUAUAAUGUGGCCUUUUUGGUGGAAACUUUUUUUUGUCUGAGAAAAGGUGAGGGAAGCACUGGUUAUCCAUAAAUACAUGGUUGGUGUUUUUCGUCAGGUUUAAGUGUUAAAGAUGAAUUUGAACAGUUAUACCUUUUGCAUUUAUUUACGCGUUGACAUUUUAGGGAAUGUGUUCUUGUAACUACCGCGAGCCGCCGCCGACCAAUGCAUCCAGUUCCUUAUUCAUGCAGAAAUGUUAAGCACCAAGGUGAACAUUCAAAGGGUGAGCUGGGAUCAGUUCGCGUGGAAAUAUCUUGAAAGAGUGAAUACGGAACGAAGAACUAAGUGGUAUUGUCGUGUAAAGAGUGCAGAUAGCGUGAUCAAGAACCAGAUCUUUGAAAUGGAAAACGGUGUGAGGCUUUAAACAGGAAUGGCCAAUUGAAUGAAUUUAAAGAGUGAAUCCGUCAGAAGAUGCAAACAAGUUUAGUACUCUGUUAAGAAUAUGAGCCAUAGAGAAUUAAGAAUAGCUUGAUUUAUAAUUUAAAAAUAAAAGCAGCAUUUGAAAGUAUCCUUUUAUAAGAUAUUCACUUACAAUUUGGAAAGAACACUCUAAGGCAUACUUCUUCACGGCAAAAAAUAAAAUAUGUUACUACUCUCUUGAGUGGAUACCUCAAAAAUUAUCCCGUCGUUCUUAACAAGGACACAGUAAAAUACACUGGAACUGCCGGAAGACCUUUACAAUGCAAGAAGAAAUAUGUCUGCAAAGAACCAGACUAUCAAUUUAUGUUCGUCUUAUUUUAACUUGAAGAAACAGUGUGAAUAUAUGAAAGAGAGAAAGCAAAUAUGUGGAGAAAGCUAGAAGGUUUACUUUUGUGAUGGAGACAAAAAAAUAGAAAAGAUAGAAAAGACAGUUGCACCACUUUCACCCAUGAAGUAAAUUUGAACACCCUAGUUUUGCAGUGUGAUAUAAUCCAUGUGGUUUAUAUUUGGAUUGUGUAUACAUGUAUGGUGAUCGAGGAAGAUAAUUUUAGAAAUUAAAUAAAUAAAUUAACUAAUUAAUCAAUUAAUUAAUAAACUAAUUAAUAUUACAGACAGGAUGCGUAACUGUCGCCAACUGCUUUCCAUCUUUGUAGAGCAACUUAGUUAUUUUGAUAAGUUGCUCUUUUUGGUUGGCCUAUCAGGAAAGUACAUUAUAAGAUAGUGUGGAAGAUGAAAGAUGGGUCUCUCAAACUUUCCAGAUAGAUUAAGGAAAAACAAGAAAGGUUUUGAACAAGUUGUUUCGCCUUUACGCUUCGGAUGAUCUUGUUCAAUCUGCAUGAUCUUUAUUGACAGGAUCACUACUGUGAUCGGUUGUACAUGAAUUCAUAUUUAGUAGUCCGACCAUAUCGGUUUAAUAUUUACAGAGGAAAGUGCGGGUACAUCAAGUUGACCCGGGCCUAUCUUUUUUCAGACAUUAAACAAAAGUCUUAAUAACCCUCAAGUCCAUGAAGAACUUUUAAAAAUCAAAGCGUGGUUGUGAAUAGGAAGUGUGUAUGUAUUUGUGUACAUGCCUUACGUAUCGGCACGCGUGCCCUCAACGCCACACAGCCAAAUUUGCUCGCGUAUGAAAAUGCCCGGAUUGAUGGUUGGUGUCACGCGUGGACGUGAUCACUGCACUGUUAAAAAUAUUCCCAUGACGUGCCACCGUCGAUAAAAAGCACUUGCGGCUGGUCGUAGAGAAAUCAUGAACUACUACUCAGAUGUUCGACCUGUUGGCCUGGGGGUUGAAGGGGUGAGGGUGAAUUACAGACGUGUUCAUGUAUAACGUGGGAGCCUUGAUCAUGAAGAAGCAGCUGGCAGCUUUAUGUCUUUGCUGUUUUAUUCAGAAAGCACGUCAUACUGAAGUAUACGAACUAAAAAGGUUCAUGUUUUUUGCUUAGACCAUUGUCAGGAAAAAAAAACUAGCGAAGAUUUACAGAAGUUGUUGAAGAACUUGUGCUCGACACUUCUCUCAAACUGAUUCUAGUAGCACAGUGAAAUUUGAUUAGACCUUAACAAACCGAACUUUAAACAUUUUACAACAACAUGCCCAUCAGCAGCAAGAGGGCUACUCCAAUUUAAACCAUUAGCUACAAAGUGUGCGUUUACAAAAGUUACCAAUCGACUGCGGGCCAGUAGAAGUUGCUGGACUCUAUUCCAAUCUAUGGAGUCAUUUUUUUACCCUUACGCUGAUUCACACGCAGACCGUUUUCAGGAGUUCAUUCUAGUGUGUAACUGAUACGAGUCUCCUGAUUUAUAAACAAACAAAGAGUGGUAAAGAAAAUGUUUUGAAAGUUUUGAAUAUGGUGAAUAACGGUGAUUUGGUAUGUGCGACUUAUUCUUUGAGAUGUUAGAUUGUUGCUGGUGCAAGGGUGAGUUGGAGCUAACCCGGGGAGAGUAGUGGCAGUUGUAUGUGUGGUGUAUUUCGUUGUGCAUGACAUUAGUUGAGACCCUUUCGUGGUGCGGCCAUCUUGUUUUGCCUCAAAUGAUCUCAGUGUAACAAAAACGAGGCCGGAUAGAAAACAAGGGGAACAAGUUUCAUGUUGACUGUACACAUUGAACCUUGUUUACCAUAGACCAUGGAGGUAGAGUUAUUAAUAGACACACCACCGUAUAGAUGUAUAGGCUUUGUGACUAUUUAUCAUUGGGGGAAUAUUUGUCAGUGUUACAAUUACUUAUCUUAGGCUACUUCUAAUAGUUAAAUGGUGUGCAUGACAAUAAGUGUAAACACAAUCUAUACGUCGUCGUUAAUCUACAAAGAUAUAUAUUGUUCAUUGAUGAAACAGUGGGGACAGGUACCUGAUAUGUUUAUAUUCAGCAGCUUACAAAGGCCAUACAAAAAUUAUUGAUAGUUACCACAUCCCAGAUCCGAUUACGGGAAAAUUUGAGAAAGUCACAAAAUUAAUGCUAUACCCUGUUUUUGUCUCAGUUAUUUGUUAGAAUCAAGGGUAUUUUUGUACACAAAAAAAUUCAGUUAAAUAUUGGUUUACUGUAAUAUUUGUUACUCAUACCCAUUUUAUUGAAGGAAUUGUAGACUUAAGUUGGAUUAGAUUUGUAAAUACUUAUAUUGUACAUAAAAAUAUUACUCCGUCGAUUUAACUUAUACAACGUCCUAACUUUUCACAUUGAAAACAAAUAAUUCAAAAAAGAAUCAACAAAACAACAGGUUGACAUGUUAUUCAACUCUGUCCAAAAUAUCAAAAUAUGUUAACAUUAAAAAGUUUCCGCAUGUUAUUUUACUGUAUCCCAAAUUAAGUGAAAAUGUAAAUAAGUUGACGAAAAUGAAAAAUAGUAGUCUUAAGCACGUUUUUGCUUUAUGUGGCAAAUGUCAAAAUAAUGUUCAAUGUCAAAGAGAAUCUGCUUUGAACAAAAAAUAUUGAUAAUAACCACAUCCCAAAUCCGAUUACGGGAGAAUUUGAGACAGUCACAAAAAAAUUGUUUUUGUCUUAGUUAUUUUUUAGAUUCAGUGGUAUUUUCGUACAUAAACAAAAUCAGGUACAGUACCCACUUUAUUCAAAGAAUUGUAGACUUAGCCUAAAUGAUGGAAUGGUAGAUUUAAAUGACUUAAAUUGUAGACUCAUUCUGACGUUUAUGGAAGCCACUUCUAACCAACCCCUAAUAAAAGUAUUGUGGUGGUCACACACACACACCAUGCUAGUCUUUCAAACUAAGCUAACAAAAAAAUAUAAAAGAGACAAUGUUCCUGCAAUCACAGACUUAUAGUUGACCAUCGUGUAUUUAGUGUCAUAUCACCAAGUACUAGUUGAAUUAUCAAUUUCAUUGUGUCAAGUUCCAUGUAUUUCUGGCGUUUAUGUACUAUAGUCAUCAUCAGUCACAUUUUUUGAUAAAAUGUUAAGUGGCUGUUACUAGCGAAUCAAACCUAAUGUAAUUACGACAAUUGAAAUGCUAAUGAGGUACAAUUGUAUAUUUCUAGAUUGAUAUUCGAGGAUGUUUAUAGUUUUUCUAAUAUAAUAUUUUCUGAUUGCUUCGUAUCUCGUUAGCUUAAAACUUUGAAAUAUAGAUCUCUUCAUAUCGGUUCGAGUAAGAGAGAGGGAAAAGGUCUUGAAAUGUUGACAAAACUAUAAUGUUAUUAUGGUUUACUUGCCUUGAGUCGAAAAUCACAGCGAUGCAACACUAUCCGUUGAACUGUUUUACAGACAGUGUAUUAUUUUAUUCAGAAGUGAUUUUUUUAAAUAAAAACCGUUACCAUUUCAAAAAGCAAACUAUUCAAUGCAGUGCACUCAAAAAUAACUAUUGGCAUAAAACCUUACUUGGUAUCGAGUAAUAGGGAGCUGUUGAUAGGAUAUAAAACAUUGUGAGAAAC